GCCGCCGCUGUUGCGCAGGCGCCGAGCCGUGCAACGGCCGCCGCGCGCGCGAGGGCGCAGCCAAUGGGGGCGGGCCGCGGCAGUCGCGCGCUGUUCAAACGCGGCGGCGGCGGCGCGAGGAGGACCGCGGCGGGCCCGUCCCGGCGUCCGUCGCUAAAUAAGGUUGACCAAGGACUGGAACAAGAUGGUAUCUGUGCUCCAAAAUGUCAAGGCAACAAUGGCCUGGCGGAAACACCAGCUCCUAGCUGACUUUGAUGACAAUGAGAGCCCUGUACCUGACAAAUUCAAGAGAAGGCCUUCUCUGAGGUCUCUCAAUACCAUCCGCAUGUCUCUAAGGAAGCGAGUACCAUUAAAGCAAGUAGAGCUGAACUUUCGUAAGACCCCAACUUGGGAAAGUCUGGAAGCAAGACAGAAGUGCCAAACUCUUCAGAGUAUUAAAAGAACAGCAAAAAAUGCUUUUGGAACAGUGUCCCAGAAAAUACAGAAGUCUUGCCAAAGCCCAGUACGCUCAAUGGUGACCUUUCUAGCUGAAUCCAACAGCGGAAGCUGUGCAACCAGUCCUACCAAGAAAAGUACUACAGCUCGAACCCCUUGCCAUAAGAAGAGUGUUACUUCAGCAGCCAGUUCUAAAGGCACCCCAAGAUCCAGCAAAAGAGCCUUGCUUGGGCCAACAAGGGUGCCAGAAUGUAAAGAAUGGAGGAGAUUCUCGUCCUCGCUUGAUAAAGAUGCUGUCUCUCUUCGGAGAUCAAGAAGAGCAGCAGCGCUGAAGAGUCCUUACUCAUCACCACCUCCCGGCAGUGGAAAGAUAGAGUUUGACUGCGAGUUGGAGCUGGUCUCCUCAGGGAUUUGCCAGUUGAAGCGUAUCUCCCAGGCAUUUGAUGAUACCAUUGUGCAAGAGGAGAGGCAACAUGCAAUAUCGAACUACUACUACCUAAUGGCACAAAACUUGCAGUCUGUGCGUCGAUCUCGGAAACUUUCUCAAGCUAUCAGAAGGCGGGCAAAGAAACUCCAUCGAGCACUUGCUACCUAGACCAGAGACGGCUGUAACUGUUAUGAGCAUAUAUGAAGGAGAGCUCUGUGUAGCACUCGAGAGGGUGUAUACUCCAUACAUUGAACAAGCCAUUCCAUUUUAUAAUCUUUCUUGACAAAGCAGCCCAGGAUUUCCUUUCCCUUGCACUCUCUUUUCAAAUGAACAGGAGAAUCAAAAUUGUGCAGCAGUGUGUAAUUGCCUACCGAGAUGAGGGACCAUCCUGAAUGUGAGUUCCAUAAGGCUGUUAAGUCCUUUGAAACUUAUAACUGACCAGUAGGAAUGGCCACAGACUUAAGAAGGGUGGUCUUAGGUAAUAGUAGUAUUUAGACUGGUAUCCAAAUGCCACAGGUUUUAGUGUGAGUACUUUGCUUACUAAAAGUGCUGGUCCAUUAUUCUUUUUCUGUAUACGAACAACCCAAAAGUUACGCAUCAUGUUGAACUGGAAGUUAAUGAAACAGCAGUGGCUUGUUUGAGUUCUGACCACAACUGCAACUCCAAGGCAACAGGUUUCUGUGCAGUCAGUCAUGCCCCAAGAGAGGAGCUGCAUGAGGACUCUUAAUUGAUGGCCUUAGCUUUAGUUAGGCUAAUCUAAUAGCAAACCUUAUGUUAAGUAGUUGGGUUCCAGACAAAUGAGAACAACUUUGUAAUUUCUUGCCGCUGCUUUAAAUAGCAUCUUGGCAGCUGAGUUGAACGUUGCUUUCCUAGUAGGACAUCUGACUUUUCGUUAUACACAGAAAUUGGUUAUAUAAUUAAUGUAACUUCUUAAAACUACUAUUGUAGUAUCACAGCGCAGGUGUUUUAUUUGAUGAAGUAUACUAAGCAUUUGAUACCUGCAUUUUGCUUCUAACUACUUUUAAAAAAAGUAAUGUUCUUUUGAUGAGCUUUUUUGGUAGAUGAUUCACUUUAACCAAGUUUAGUCUUUCAAACUAAAGCAAAGAUUUCUCAGGCUUCUAGAAUUCACCACCAGGGCUGUUUUACAUGGUGGGAGCUUUGUGCAGGGUUCUCGGAUUACAUUCACUUUAAGAUGAACCUUCAAACAAAAGACUGAUUUGGGAAACAUUGUUCUACUUGAUAAUUUUUAAGAUGCACAUGUAAUUUAGUAAAACUGGAACUACUAAAAUUUUAAUGGUAUUAAGUAUAAAUAUUGGAAGCAGUAAUGUUAAAUUCUGAUUUAUGUGCAAGUAUAGGUUUUAAACUUGCUCCUCAUUUUUCUUUACUCUUGUCAAAUGAGACUGUUUUAAAAUAUUGAAACAGUCAAUGAGGCCUGGAAACACGAAAACAACCCUGAGUUCACAAAGCUUUCAGAUGACUGAGAGCUUUAGAUGUGUUAUUUUUUGGUGUGGUUUUUUUUGUAUUGUAUUGGUUUUGUUGUGUUUUUUCUUAACCACUUUUCUAUAUGGAACAGUAACCUGAAGUUAUUCUUUGCAUGUACUGAAACUUCUUCUAUAAAGCUUUCACAAAGA